AUGAAUGCUUCUUGGAGCCACCCGCCACCGCCCGGUACAGAGUCGUAUGGAUAUGCGCAUGCGCCAGCAUACCAUCCCGUACAAGUCCGACAGUCUUUUAAUCAGCCUGCCAUUUCCUACCAGAUCACGGCCCCGAUCCAGCCUAAACCGACGGAACAACCUGCUCAGAAAAAGAAAAUCGACUGGCCCCAACCCGUUCGCGAUUAUGUCCAGCGAUCUUUUGACCCAAGCAAUGUUCUCGCAGAUGUGGACCGUAAGGAUAUGGAAGACAAGUUAAAGGUUACGAUAUCCGAAGCCACUGAUAACAACACCCUGCAUACUAUUGACUGGGCCAAUCUCCCUCUUCCGCAACAUGUCAUUCGCCAAGAGAGAGCGACUGCCGCUGCUGCGAUUGCAUGGCAACGAGAAUCGGUCAAUAUGCAACAGAUGGCUGGGAGUAGCUUCAUGAACCCUGCCCGAGAGCAAAUGCUGAAAUCCAAGAAGAGAAAAUCUCAAGAUAUUGGUGAUGCAGCCGAUGAUGAAUCAAAAUCUAUCCCACCCUGGCGUGCAACUAACCCCCGAAACGGAUUCGAAGAUCGCAUCACCUACCCAGCGGACCGGUUCGAUAAACGGCAACAACCCUUGCAAGACGACGCCCUCAAAGGUACAAGUAAGUUCAAUAAGGCCCUCGAGAAGCGACAAAAGCGCUUCGAUGGCGGCUAUAAGUCUACAUACAAAGCCUCUCCGUCACCAGAGCCCUCUUCCGGACCCGUUAUCGGCACAUGCCAAACCCUUGAAAAGCAAUAUUUCCGGCUCACGGCCCCUCCUAUCCCUUCUCAAGUUCGUCCUGAGCAUAUUUUAAGACAAACCCUAGAUCUUUUGAAGAAAAAGUGGAAAAAGGAAGGAAACUAUUCCUAUAUCUGCGAUCAGUUCAAAUCCAUGCGACAAGAUCUUACCGUGCAACGUAUUAAGAACGAGUUCACUGUCACUGUCUACGAGAUUCAUGCCAGGAUCGCUCUAGAAAAGGGGGAUCUCGGUGAGUAUAAUCAAUGUCAAACCCAGUUGAAGGCUCUAUACGACCAAAAUCUGGGCGGAAAUCCAGUGGAGUUUAAGGCGUAUCGUAUUUUAUAUUUCAUUCACACUUCUAACCGCACUUCGUUGAAUGACGUUUUGGCGGAUCUAACUACAGCAGAGAAAGGAGAGCCAGCUAUUAAGCAUGCUCUUAAUGUACGGUCGGCACUAGCUUUGGGCAACUACCACAGGUUUUUCAGACUUUACCUCGACACGCCCAACAUGGGUGCCUACCUGAUGGACAUGUUCGUAGUCCGAGAGAGAUUAGCGGCUUUAUCAAAUAUGUGCAAAGCUUACAAGCCCAACGUCAAGCUCAGAUUUGUUACUGAAGAGCUUGGAUUCGAAUCCGAUGGAGAUGCUGCCCAAUUUAUUUAUGAUCACAAUGGACAGUUCCUCCUCGAAGAAAGGGAGUCUGGCCUCGUUUUCCUUACUGGGGAUGCCAAACAGAUAUUUGAGACUGCCAAAGUUGCCGCGUUUUCAAAAGUCGACAUCAAAGGCCAGAUCUAA